GAUGCUAUUAUCAUCAGUCGCGUCCCUGCUCUCUUCAUCGUACAAAUCUACGCGUCGUAAAAGCGUCUCUGUCAUAGUAUAUUGAUAAAAGAACUCUCUGGAUAUUGCAACGAUCGAAGGACGCGUUUUACACGCGUCUGAGACAGACAACACGCAUAAAGCGAAAUAAAUAACUAUGGAGGAGCCAGAACAUAAUGAUAAUGAAGAGGAAAAGGCAUUAGCUACCGGAUACACCAGUGAUUCCAGCGUCGAGUCACAAUCGGCACAGCUUCUUGCUUUCGUUUUAGGGAGAGCGGAGCCGCCUUCGCACGCGACCAAGAACAAUGCUCAGCCCCUCGGCAACGCGAGUGGUGACUGGAGCGCUUCGUCUGCUGAUCAUUCUGCUGCUGCAAAUUCUUCAAAAGGUUCCGUCGACGCGUCUUCUGCUUCCGUUAACGUCAACCUUGCUCCGUACCACUUUCACGGCUUAGCGUCCACCCAAACGCAGUCCCCUACACAGAUUAUCGGGAGUGACGACUCACAGAAGGAGAACGAAGGAGCACAUGGUGGUGUUCCUUUUGUAGCCUCACGGCCUCCUAAUCCUGUGCAGGUCUCUCCGAAAGCCUCUUUGACUCCGUCGCGGGCCCAAAGUACAAACGGAGUUGAUUCUUCUUUUUCUGCUGGCGCUAGUGCUACUUCUACAAUUACACAGCCGACAAAGGCUGUUUCUUUCCUUUCUCCUACGCGGCAGGCCUCGCUGCAGAAGGCACCUACAAAGGCAGCGUCGACUAUGCGGUAUCGUCGGCAUCCAUCCCCUCCCGCCCCUUCGCAAGACUCGUUUGCCGGUCCUACCGCUUCGCAAGACCCGGACCUCUUCGUCGCGACUGCUAGACAGUUCGAAAUCCCUUUAGACCAGCUCGGAAGGUCGCAUUCGCAAGACCGGUCUCUUGUGGAGUCUCGUGGUGGGAAGAGUUCAGUUAUCAGCUCGGAACCAGGAGUGACCAAGCAGCCGAUGGACGAUUAUUCAUUAUCGAGCUCCUCUUCAGCAGGAAACAUCCUCGUAGCGAAUUCCGACUCCAGCGGACCGUCUCAGGACUGUCAUAGAGAGAACAUCAACGUCUUCUCAAUCAGCCAGGAGCCAACGCAAAUACUAGGUGACGCGAGCGACGUAAGUCAAUCUGAGCAUGCCGACAACGAAGUUCCAGUCAGCGAAAUAGCGAAUCGCGAAGUGGCCACGCGAAUUAUCGAUGACUCAAUGCACGUCGAGCCUGUGAAAGAGCAGACUUCGCAGGAAGCUACGCAGCUAAUCGAACAGAGUCCGUCCAUGGAAGUCGGGACGUCUCCACCAGAGCCAUCGGUCGUAUCGCAGGGUCUGUCAGCACUGAGUCUCGUUCCUCCUGAGAAACGACACAGGUACAUGCAUCACUUCGCGGACAAAACAAAGGGUGAAGGUCCGUCCGAACCAAGUCCACAACGGGAUACAUCUGUCGAAGCCGUCGAAGCAACUCUUACCACGGUAUCUCCACUCUCGGACAAACGAUCUCUCCUCAAUUUCGUUUCUCCAGAAAAACGCGCUAAGUAUAUGCACCAUUUUAAUGAAGGCAGUGCACUGGUAUCGGAGGCGAGUCGGAUGGCGACGGCGGGUACGUCGCUUGGGAAUAGGAUAUCGGAGAAGGCGAAGUCUCCAGCACCAGUGCCUGUGAUGGAGGAAGUCGUACAGGAUUCCGAGCUGCAGGUUGAGAUGGAGAUCUCACCUGUGAAAGAGAGGACAAACCACGACCAGGAGGUCAUUCCAGCCUCGGAAUCUGAAGCCGCUGACUGUAGCAGGGAGGACGAUGAGUUGAAAAUGGAUCUAGAGGCAAUAGCUCCCAUGAAGUCGCCCCCGAGUGCCAAAGCGAAAGGGAAGCAAAGGGCGGAACCUUCGCCGCGUCCUACUUCUCCGCGAAAGCCUGUUAGUACGGAGCGAGGUAAACGACCUGCAUCCCCAACGAAGCCGAAUUCGAACGCAACGAACGAGGCACUCUUGAGCUCUCUUGAAAAAGCGGUAGCAGCUGUUCCUUCUGUUCCUGAUACUCAAUCAGGACCUUCGAGUGAUCGACCUGUCUCUGCUGGUCGCGAUGUCGAAAUGCCACCUCCAGAGACCAAGCAAGUCUCUCCAGCCCGGGCUGCACGAGCACAACCUGGCGGAUCAGCAAAAGGCAAAGCCGUCGCUCGAGGAACCGAACCGCUGCAGCCAGUCGCAUCGACGUCAGCAGCGAUUGUGCACCGUGGCCAAUACUCUCCAAUCCCAGCUCUCCUGGAAUCAGAGCAGGAUUCACCCGAGAUCCCACUUGCACGUUUAAUCCACCGACGCAAGGAGGAAGAGGAAGAGAGUGAGGCCGAGGGUACAGAAGGAGGCGUUCCUGAAGAAGAAGACAAACCUCGCAAUGGUAAAGCGGGACCAUCCACGAGGAAACGGAAACGUCGCACCACUGCUUUGACGACUAAGAAAGCAGGGAAAGGGAAAGCGCCCGCGUCACGGAAGGGACAUACUCGAGCAACGUCGGCUGCUCCUCCACCUUCGAAGAAAGCCCGAACCGUGGCCGCAAGGAAGUUCGGUGCUGGUCUCGGGACGCAAGUCUUCGCGCUGUUCAAAAGCGACUCGAGCUUCUACGGAGCUGAAGUUCACCAGUUGAACGGCAAUCGCGCACACGUUAAGUUCUUCGAUGGAUUAGAAGAUACGAGUCUCGGUGUUGCGCAGAUGCGGAGGUUCGAACUGAGAAAAGGCGAUACUGUCAUUCCGGGGAAUAAGACCUUCAAGGCGAAAGUUAUUGACGAUAGUCUAUGGGCUACUGAGAAUGAGGUUUCUGUGGAGUAUCUCGAAGGUCCGGAAGAAGGUCUCGAGUUUAACGUGCCUGCGGAUGGAUUACGCAUUCCAGCGAGGAUCGUGCAAUCUCAGUGGAAAGACCGGACAUUGGGCGUUUCUGAAAUCAUCCCAGCCGUCCAACGAAAGGCUCUGAAAGACACUCCCUCUCCAUCGAAGAACUCCGUGAUGUAUGCUGGUUCAGCGAGAGCCGUGCGGAACAAAUUACUCUCCAGACACGGGAUUAUCAUCACCCAAGGUCCAGGAAACCAGAAUUGGUCUCGUGAAAAGGAGAAAUAUGUCAACAUCGUUAAGGAGAACGGUGGGACUGUCUUAUCAGACUGGACGGAUAUACUUACUUUGCAGGGGAAGCACACCAACGGGAACAAACGAUGGACGAUUCAGCGAUCGGACGUAAAGUACGUUCCGAAGGAUAAGAAUGCAUUUGAUCGUGUAUUCCUCAUUUCAGACGUACACAACCAAAAACCCAAAUUCCUACUUGCACUCGCACUCGGCAUACCCUGCGUAUCAGUCGACUGGCUCGACCGUAUUGCUAACAGCAACAGCGGCGAUGAAGAUAAUGAUGAAGAAGGAGAGACACAUUGGUCGAAUUUCUUGUUAGCUGCGGGACAUUCGGAACCUUUGGGUGCGCGGAUUUCUCAGAUGGUGGAUUUGGAUUGGGGGAGUACGGCGGAGCAUUUGACAGAGAUUAUGGAGAACCCUGUCCCGCAUAAGGUGUUGAGUGGGAAUUCGGUGCUGUGUAUUGGUUCGGAUUUGUUUCCGCACCCUACUAAGAAGCAGGGCAACACUGACGCAGACAGGUACCUCGAAGCCAGCCGCACCGUUCCGCGUAUCAUCCUCGCCAUGGGUGCAGACCGCGUCGAAGCCGUCACAGACGCGAAACACGCUUCCGAGGACCUCUCAUCAUAUGAUUAUGUCGUUGUGAAAGAGGCUAUUCCAGCCCCGCGUGUGGAAGAUGCAACUUAUGUUGACGUCACUUGGAUUAAGGAAUGUUUGAUUGCGGGGAGAUUGUUGCCUCUUCCCGAGUAGGAGUAAAUAUCGUUGGAGGAAAGGAGAUUUGAUUGUUGGCGUCUUUGGAUCACGUAUUGCAUCUUGCUUUCGUCGGGCUGGAUGGACCCUGUUGUAUAUUGCUCUAUCUCACCCUGCAUUAUCUUGCUAAUAUUUACUAUUUGGUAUAUCUUACACUCUUUUUUAGUGGAUAUCGUACGUUUCUUGCUAUGCUGCAUGCUUUCUUCUGUGCUUAAACAUACUAAACUCACCUCCGCCUUGCUCUUGUCCUAUAUCGUAGAACAUGUAUCUUGUAUGUUCUUUCUUGCAUCUCCUCGUCUUGCACGUAGUCCAUAGUACUUCGCC